GACUUAAAAUAUAACUAAAAUAUCUCUGCAGUGGGAUGACGUCACACAAAACACAAUUAAGACUAAAAGAUGUUCCAAUCAAUUGCAGUGUGGUUGCUUCAAACAUACGUUGGUGAAUAUAUUGAAAAUCUUAACACCAACCAACUAUCAAUUGGAUACGAUGGCAUAGAAUUAGAGAACUUGCAUCUAAAAAAAACAGCAUUUAAUAAAGUGAGAUUACCUGUAAAAUUGAUAUCUGGUGUGAUUCGUCGUUUUCACUUGGUCAUUCCAUACAGAAAUCCUAACACACAACCAUGGAUUAUUAAAAUUGAGGGUUUAUCAAUUGUCGCAGAACCAGAUACUGAGAAUUCUUAUGAAAGGGAUGAAGAGAAGAGGCAAGAAUUGAUUAAAGAAAGAAUGCUAGCUGAACUUGAGAUGCAGUGGAAAGCCAGUAUGCAACAUCCGACGAGUGGAGGGUGGUGGAAUCAGUCUUGGUUUUCAUCAUUCUACUCAUCAUUUUCCUCAAAGAUUGUUGAGAAUUUACUCCUUGAAAUCAAAGAUGUUAACAUUCUAUAUCAAAAAACUGAACACGAUACAUUUGGUGUAAAGCUGGGAAGGUUAAAUGUGCAAUCAACUGACGAAAACUGGGUUGAGUCAUUUGGAGAAGAAAACUUGGAAAUGAAAUACAAGUUAUUGAAAUUGAAGGAUUUGACUAUGUAUCACGAUGAUAAAAAAAAUUUAAAAGUUCCAUUUGAAGCUAAACCGAAGGAUGUUUGCUGCCUGUUAGAGCCAGUUCAUGCGGAAGCGAGAGUUAAACGCAAUGCAAAUAAAGUUGCCCUUAGUUUGGAAGAUGGAGCCAGAUUUUAUAUUGAAGUUCUUUUGGAGGAUGUAGCCCUCAACAUAAGUGACAAGCAAUAUAGGAAGAUCUUAGAAAUUGUUGAAGAUGUUAAUCGAUACUAUCAUGGAAUGGAAUAUGCUAAAUGGAAACCAAAAGAAUCCAUCCAUAAUAACCCAAAAUCAUGGUGGAAAUUUGCUUUUAAAUGCAUUGUGGAGCCCAUAAAAAAGCGAAAUGAAAGAGCAACAAGACAGUUUCUCAUUCAAAGAAUAAAGGAUGUGAAUAAAUAUACCACUCUGUAUAAAGAUUACCUCAUAAAUGGUAACAUGAAAAUGGAUAUGAAGGAAACUAUCAAAGAUAUUGAAAGAGAAUGGAAAUAUGAAGAAAUUGUUGCACUUAGAAAAUUUAUAUAUUCCAAGAUCACUACGACUACAAGUGCAAAAAAGUUGGUUGCAGAACAGUCUGUUGGUGGAACUACUUGGACUGAGUGGGCUUUAAGUUUUAAUCCAUUAUCAUCAUCACAAGCUAAGGAAAAUCAAAAUGUAGAUGCUCCAGAUUUGACAGUUACAAAUGAGGAGAGAAAGUUUUUGGAGGAGCUAUCUGAGCAUAGUGAAGAUGGAUCGCUUUUUAAUUCAGAUGUAAUGCUUGCACGUUUGAAUUUUGCUUUGGAAAGUGGAUCACUUGUGCUAAAAAGCGAAGCAAGGCAACAUGAUAUACUUAGUCUUCAGUUCAACAAAUUAAACUUCAUAUCAGAACUCUGUCCUAAGUCAAAAAGUUGGGAAUGGACUAUGCAUUUAUCUUCGCUUGUGGUGAAAAAUUCUGAUGAGAAUGGUUCAAUAUUUCCGAAUAUUUUUGGCCCUCAAACAGGUGUUUCUAGUGAUGGAAAUACAGAGUCAAAGUUUCUGUCCAUAAAGUUGGGGCAGACAGAGUUUACUAAAGCUACAGCUUAUAAACUUGAUGUGAAACUGGAACCAUCAAGUAUUGUAUAUAAUCAAUCUGUUCUGGGUAAUGUGAGAGAAUUCUUUUCCAAUCAAGAAAAGUCGCGAUUUAACCAAAAAUUGAAAAAUGACAAAUUCCAGGAAGCUAUAAAAAGUCAGAUUGAAGCCUUAAAACAUGCCACUAAAGCCGAACUAGCUAAUGUGUUGGAAACACUAAUGAAAGGUUGUUGCCAGGAAGAGGAUGAGUGGAGUGUUGAAUUAGACAUAGCAGCCCCACAAUUGAUAAUCCCAAUCAGUGUUAAUGAAGAUGUUGUUGCUGAAAACAUUAAGAAAAAAAUGAUCAUAUUCAAUCUCGGAAGAAUGACCUUUUGCAAUACACUAGCAAGGAAAUCCAAUCUUAUUGCCGAUCCUGUCGAUGUGGAAGAAAAUGAUAAUGAUGAUGAAUUUAUCACACCAUCUUCAACUCCACCACAAAACGAGGUUGAUGAAGUAAAUUUUGAUCUUCCAGAAGAAGAAAUUGACAAACGAUUGUAUGAUAGUUAUGCACUUGAUUUAAGUAAUGUCCAAAUUCUUAUUUGCAACUUUGGAGACAACUGGAUUACAUCUCAAGCUAAAGGAUUUGGACCAAGCCAUGUUGUUGAUCAGUUUUCUGUAUGUUUUAUAUUAAAAAGACGCAUAAUAUUUACUGCAGAUCUUGAAUAUCCAGCUCUUACAUUGUCUGGUGUUUUACCACUAUUGCUUGUCCACAUUGACGAAAAUAAGUUACAAGCACUUUUCAAUUGCAUGAGUAUGUUCGCAUAUGAUGAUGGAAAACUACCUUCAGACAGUGAUGAGAAAAUGUCUAUGUAUGUUAAUCAAGAUUUCAGCAGAAAACGAGAUAAAACAGAUAUGUUUCUUGCGAAUGAUAUUCAAGACUUGUUAUUAGAAUCCAAACUUCUGUUGGCAAAAUUUACAUUUGAAAAGUUGUCACUAGGUUUACAUAGUCGAGGGAGGUGUUUUUCCGAAUUGCAGGUAGAAGGUGUGGAAUGCGAAUUAACAAAAAGGCCAUAUGAUAUUUCUGUCUCUUUUAUACUUUCUUCAUUACGACUUAUUGAUGCUGUUCAAACAUUCGGAGCUGAUUAUGAAUUACUUGUCAGUUCGAAGCCUCCGGGAAUUGCGGAAAAAGACGUUUUAAUUCACAUCUGCUAUCAGAAGAUAAAUGCUGACUGUCCUUCUCUUGGGAAUGCGGAAUGUUUUCCUGUGCAAAUACUGGUUGUUCACUUCAAUACACUGUAUAUUAAUGGCAACUUGGAGACUUUAGUUGAGCUGAGUAAUGUACUUCGUCAAUUGAAACCCAAAGGUAAAUUUGUCAAGCAACAGAAAUCUCUGGAUACAACCAACAAGAUGAUUGAAACUCCUAAGGAAUUGCAAAACUCCAAGAUAGAUAUAUCAGCCAGUUUUAAGAAGAUUGAUAUACUGCUUUUGCGAAAAAUUAUAUGUGCUGCAAACUUGCCACAAAAUGUUGCUAUGGUAUCCCUUGGUCAGUUGGAGUUGGAAGCCUCUGUUGGAAAGGAGCAGCUGAUCUCUGGUAGUAUAGGAAAUAUUUCAGUCACUGACGUUUCACCAAAUCAGCUAGCUUAUAAGUCUAUACUCAGUGUUGGCAAUUUGGACAAUGUAUUUCAACCUCAGAGUUUUGUUGAUCCUAUAAAAGCUUUCACUUUUCAAUUGAGUUAUAGUCCAGCAAAGGAUAAAGAAAACCUAUCAAUUCACAUGGCAUCAGCAUACUAUAUACACAACCCACACUUUUUAAAAGAAAUUGUUCUAUAUGCAGGUGAUUACAAACAGUAUGCUCUUAAUUUAGCAAGAUCUCUGCAGAAUACAGCUACUGACAUGGCCAAAAGCAUGGUGUCCGCGAAGAAAGAUACAGGCACAGAUGUAUUGCCAUCAACAGAAAUCUUUCAUAAUUCACCUGUUCAUAAAGGAAGUAUGAAGGACAAUAAUAGAUUCCUUUUUGACUGUUUUAUUGAAAGCCCAGUUGUCGUUUUUCCAAAGGAUGAAAAAGCCAAGGAUUUAAUUGUCGCUCAUUUGGGGAAAAUUAGCAUCAAAAAUAUGUUUAUAUUAGAUAGUUCUUCAAAAUGUGAUCAAAUAGAUCGUCUCAUUAUUGAGAUUGAGAAAAUGAACUUAUUGGUAGUCAACUUAAACUCGACAGAAAUAUCUGGAUCGCUUACCCACCAAAAUCAAAUCAAUGAUAUUCUAAAAAUGGGGCAAAGAAUAGCUAUCCUUGACAACACUGAUAUACACUUACAAAUCGAUAAAUUGCAGAAUGAAAGACUGCAGCUUGAAGUUUUUUUUAAUAAGGCUGUAAAAAUUUUUUUAUCUGUUGAUAUAUACCGCAAGAUUUUAGGUGUGGUUGAUUUUGCAUCCAAAACAAGCGAAGAAUCAAACUUGGUCCCAAUGACACCAAAGCAUAGUUGUUCCAUGGACCAAGAAAUCUGGGAAAGACCAGAAAAUGAUAUUGCCACCAAAGCUGUUCAAAGUUUAAAGAUAGUAGCUGAACUACAAAUACCGAUGUUGGAGUUGGCUUUGCAUGGUGAGCUAAAUGGAGUAUCACAUGGUUUUGUUGUAAUCUUAUUUGAAGACUUUCGAUUGAGAUAUGGCAAAAUAGAACCUUCUCGUACAACAUAUAAUAUAUCACUUCAGGAUUUUCUGAUUAAAGAUUUGCUUCACAAAAGAAAUGACCAAUAUAAGUUUCUGAUUUCUUCUUUAAAGAAGAAAUCUAAAGAAUUGUUUUCCACUGAUCGACCCUGCUCAUCUUGUCCUGAACAUGAGGAUUUCACGAGUACGGAAGUGCUUUCUAAGUCUCUCCCAGUUCUUUCACAGUCAUAUCAACCAAAUAACCUUAUUACUGAAAAAAGCCGCCUACAUAGGAAUGGUAGUCCAGCAAAGCAGCAACUUGUAUCUGUUGAAGUGACACUUGACACAAGUGAAAGCGAAAACCAAGAGGCACGAAAAAAGAUUGAUGUCACUGUCAGCACAAUUGAUGUUGUGAUAAAUUUACAGACAUGGGUUAUAUUGCUGGAAUUUCUGGGUGUUGGCACUCAAAAACCUAAUCUAUCACCAAGUAUGGUUUCUGCAAAUAACAUGACUAAAAGUUUUGAUGUUUCUGACUUGCAUCCGUCUGAAUCAGUGGAGACUGAUAUAAGUUUGGUGGUUCAAAACAUUACGUUUUAUCUAAAUAAAGAGUCAUACCCGUUGGCUAAAGCAUGUUUAUCUGAGCUUCACUUAAACGUGACUCUUGAUGGUGAAAACCAAGAUGUUGGUGGAAGCAUUGGUUUUAUUGAACUUAUGGACAUAUCACCUUACUGUGGCAAUUACACCAAGAGGUUGGUCACAUUGGGAACAAAGGCAUUUAAUUUUUCCUUUUAUCGUUUUGGACCUGCUGAUCCAGAGUUAUUGCGGCAGUAUGACAUGGAUUUGACAUUGUCUUUAUCAGUAAUUCAAUAUGUGCAUUCACAACGAUUUUUGAGUGAAAUCAUUGCAUUUGGUCAACAUUUUAUUUUCUUACAAGAAGUGCUGGGAAGAAUGAGAGCAGCAGGAGCUGGUGACGAAGUUUUAGCUACAGUUAACAGAGCAGCAAGGUUAAGCUUGAAGGUGAAUGCCGAUGCACCAAUUCUGCUUUUACCACGUAACUCCAACUCGAAGGAUUUGUUGAUUGCUAAUUUAGGAAAAUUAAGCAUAAAUAAUCAGUUCCUACUUGCAGAUGACCCAAACACGAAUGCUUUAAAAUUUAACGCCAGUAGAUCAAGAAACAACGAAAUUACAGACUCAUGCGAAGGUUCUGUCCGCUUACUUGAUUGCAUAAACAUCCAGCUAUCAGAUAUGAGAGUCUUCAGCGCAUUAGCAGUAACCGAGGCUUUAAAUGAAAUGUCCUAUAUUGAGCAAGGGGACGAGAUGAUGACCAAGACUUGUACAUUGGAUCUGAGAAUAGAACGAAACCUGGAAUGGGCUUUUGGCAGACAAGUUCCUGAUAUAUCAAUUUCCGGUAGUUUAUCUUCGGUGAACCUUGCAUUGGAUCUCUCACAGCAUUCGUUAAUUAUGGGAAUGUUAGGUGAAAAUCUUGGUGAACAGGUGGAUGCUUUUACUGCACCAUCGUCUGUUUUAGUAGAUCCACUUGUGAUGCCUUCUCCGUCAAAGCGUGUGUGGACCACACUACAUUUAAAACUUCAUCUCUCAAAUGUUUCUAUUGAGACAUCGCCUUGUUUUUCAUUUGGUGACAUCCCUUCUUAUACAAAACCGCCUUGUUCACUGGCAAGGUUCGAUUUCUUGAAGUCUAAUUUUAUCUAUGAAUCAUUCUCUGAUGGAUCGAAAUCAAUUGAUCUUGUUUCUACUGAUGUUUUACUUCAUGACACCCGUCAAAAUGUUAACUUGGGUGUGCUGGUACCAUCAAAAAGGGGAGGACACAAAAACUUUCUGCAAUUCGAAGUGCAUUACCUCGACACAAAGGAGAAAUCAUUACUCACUUUUCUUUGUAAUCAAAGCAGGAUUAUUUUAAAGUUCGACUUCUUGUUGAAAGUAUUUCACUUUAUAACGAGAAAGGAGGAAAAUGACUACCGAGCUGUGUGCAAUUUUGGAAAGCCUGAAACGGGAAAAGAUAAAGAAUGUGUACAACAAGACGUUUCUCCUGGGGUGUUAAUCAAGACGUCGGUCUCUGAGACGGAGAGCCAGCCGAGUAAAAGAUUCGAGAUGAAGGUUAAUGUUACUGAAUCCGAACUGGUUGUUGCUGAAAAUAUUGAAGAUGCUGACACUUCGACUGUUGUGUUAAAAACGACUGCAGUCUUUGCCUACCGACCCGAUGCGUUAUCGCAAAAGCUCAUCACAUGCAGUUUUGAGAACUUAGAAGUAUUUUCCUGUCAACUAAGUCAACCAGAAGAAUCAGCAUUAUCUAUUGUCGAUCCUGUUUCUUUUUUGAUUGAGUUAAAUUCUCAUAGAGCAUUUAAAAGAUGUGUAACAGGUUUUUAUCGCGCUGUGAAAAAGAAAACAACCUUAGAGGUUCAGCUGCAAGCACCAGUUAAUAUACGCGUGUCUUAUCACGAUGUCGAGAUAUUCAGACGGAUACUGAAUAGCGCACGUAGUCAAAUUCAAAAUGCUCUGCAAGGUGAAAGUCAGUCUGCGGGGGUUGACAAUGAUAUAAAGUUGAACAAACCAGCUGAAUCAACAGUGAGAAGUUCAUUCAAUGAAAAAGACAUCACUACAGUCCAACUCAACAAAAAACAAAGCGACUCUACACUGUGUGUUGAAGUGAAAGCCAACUCCAUUUCCGUGACACUUAUCGAUGACGCUGGUAAUAACGAUGUACCGCUGCUAGACGUGUUGAUUAAUAAUAUGCUUCUCCGUCACGAUGAAGAAUUUAAUGGCGUUGCCAAAUGUCAGUUGGAUGUCAGUUAUUAUAAUACCAGAGUGUCUGCAUGGGAACCUUUUAUGGAGGAGUGGAAAUUUAAUGUCCAUUGGUCGAAACACAAGAAUAAUAACAACUUAGUUUUCAAGAUAGAUGCUUCCGAACGUCUGGAGAUGAACGUGACUUCAGCGCUUGUCGACAUUUCAAAAAGAACGGCUGCUUUAUGGUCAUCUCGUUUUUUUAAUAAUGAAUUGUUCAAAGAGGAGAAGCGAGCCCCUUUUCUGCCAUUUCUUCUAAGAAACAAAACCGGUUGCAAGCUUGCAUUUCAUACACUUGCCAAAUCUCUCACGAAGAUCAGUAAAAUGACGACAUCAAAACAAAAAAGUGAUACGACAGUACGUAAGCACGAAUUUGAACUGAAAACUGGUGAAGAAGUUGCUUUUUCAUUCGAAGCCAGGACAAAACAACGUCACCAGGCAUCACACGAUCUGUUAGUGCGACAAAUUGUGGUACAAAUAGCUGGUUCGUUUCCAAUCAAGCCCCUAACUGUUGACAGAGUGGGAAAAUUUUUUAGAAUUGUGUCACCUUUGUCAGGCAGUAGAGAGUUGGAAGGAAUGAAUGUUCUCUUCGAUGUUACAUUGGAAGGCGCUCGAAAAGUUGUAACAGUCACAUCCGCAUUGUCCGUGCGCAAUAAUCUAUCGUUUCCUAUUGAUCUCGUUGGCGUUUUAAACGAAAAGACUUUUAACCUAAGCACGAUUCAAGUUAACGAAACAUAUUUCGUUCCUUUGCCAAUGAUCCUGAGCACGCUUUAUUGUCGACCGUUAAAAGCUAAAGCUAGUUACUGUUUUUGCAAAAAAGAUUUGAAUUGGAGGGACGUCGCUCGUCAUGAAACAAGAGGCAUCAAUCUCUUGAGUUCUACCGACGGUGAAAAAAGUGAUGUUUUAAGGUUUUCUUCAUUGAUAAAAUCAAUUGAUUUACCAAGAGAUACACUAAUGACAAACCACUCGAUAAACCAGCCAGAACAUUCCAUAAGUCUUGUUCACACUGUGUUGUUACAAAAUCUCUUACCAUUUGAUCUGUUUUAUUUAAUACAAGGACGAACCAUUAAAGAGAUGGUGAAGCCUGCAGAGAAUGUACCUCUGCAUUGUGAUACUCCUAAUUCUUCGUUUGAGAUUGGAUUUUCGUUUGAAAACUUCCCUGGUUACGAUACGAUCAGGAUAUUUAACGAUGGUAGUAACUAUAUCCUCCCGUCUCGCGUGUACGACAUCAACCAUCGCCUGCUCAUUUUGAACACAAUGGUAGCGUGCAACUGUGGAACGUUGCAGGUAUCUGUGUUUGCGCCAUAUUGGAUCAUUAACAAAACAGGCCUUCCCGUUGUUUUCAAACGCGAAGAUGACCCUGAAGAAAUAGCUGGUCAGUUCGAAGAGCACGAGGAAGCUAGAAGCCUUACCCCGCUUCCCUUUUCCUAUCUCAGUAGUGAGCAUUCAUUUCACUGUCAAAUGAGAGUUGGGCGCCAUUUUCAAGGAAACCAAGGUAUGGUUCCCUUGUUGUCGAAACCAUUUUCCUUGGAAAAAGAAAUGCAGAAUCGAACUUUGUAUGUCAGAGAACGCAAAGGCCGACUUGAGCGCAAUUAUGACGUUGCUAUUAUUACAAACUGGGGCAAGGGAGCGUUUUCAAAAACACGAGUUGUGGUUAUUGUACCAAGAUAUCAAAUUGACAAUCAAUAUUAUAGACCAAUUGUUGUUGCUCAAAGACAGAUGGUCCAAGACACAGAGGCUAACAACCCAGCAAGUUUUUUGCUUUGUGAUCCAAACACGGUCUCUAACUUCCACUGGUCCCACUGCGGUUACGAUCAAAUAUUAUGUGUUCGCUUGAACGAUAGCGCAACACUGUGGUCUGGCGGAUUUCGUUUAGAUUGUGAAACAACGUAUCAUUUAAAUCUUCGAUCUACUGGAAAGGCUGAAGAUGUAUUUAUCCGUGUCCACAUUACGUUUCAUGCGGGUACAUUCUGUUGUACUUUAUCAGAUGCAGCAUGCUUUCCACCACCAUUCAGAAUUGUCAAUCUUUCUGAUGUCAAAAUCUUUUACUGGCAAGAUAAUAUUCCUGGUACGCAAAUGCGUAAUUGCAUAAAACCCAAGGAAAGAAAGAAUUACGUUCUUGAUCAACCGUUAUUGCCGGCCAAACUAAAUGUUAGCGUGUUCCAGGAGAGCACUCAAUGCUAUGAUUUGAAGAAGAAUGGUCAGCUGUCGAAACUGUAUUACCAUAAUGCUAUUUACAUCACAUUUCUGCAUACGUUUUAUGGGUUUUCUUGUGGCAAGCAUAGUGGCAGUGCGAACACUGAUCACCAGCUUGUCUUUGAUGUAGUAGACGAUCGACAUGUUGUGCUGGCGCGGAAAUGUGAACACAAGAUUAGUCAAUUGUGGAGGAUGAACGCUGACGGAAAUCUCGUUCACUUCUGUACUACUUCUUAUAAAAACCCUAGAAAGACGAGUGGAGGUAACACCCUUGUUCUAGAUAUCGAUGAUAAUUCAUUUGUAAGUGAGAGACCUGCUUAUGAGCUUGUCCUUAAAAACAUCUCAUCGCAGCGUAGCAGGACACAGACAUGGUAUUUUUCAUCGAAUGUUCUUAAAUGUGAUCUUGAAAACUUUGCAGUGGAUUUUAUCCAGAAAGGGGACCGCCAAAUCCCUGUACUAGCAAAAAUAGCAGUAAAUGAACCUGUUGUUUCUUUGAACAGCUGUAUUUCCCGACAGAAAAUGAGGCCUGGAUCGGGUGUUUUGUCUACGCGAAUAUUCUCGAAGGGUCCGACGCAAGUGUUGGAGAUAUCUGAUGCACACCAAGAUGUUCCAUCAGGAGGUUGGGUAUUUGUUGAUUCACUAACUUCACCAGUUACUACAUCUGCUCGCGAAUAUUCUGUUGACCGAAACCCAUCUACUGAGAUAUCCAUCUCACUAGCUGCUGGAAUCGGUGUUUCAUUAAUCAAUUUGGUUCCUGAAGAAGUUUUGUUUGGAACCUUCUCUUUAAUAGAUUGUCACCUGACCUUCAAUAAUUUCUCUUAUGACAUGGAGAUGCAGAUCGGGUCUAUUCAGCUCGAUAAUCAACUUUACACCAGCCAAGUCCCAGUUUCGUUGUUCGCGUCGCCACAAAGUUCGAGGACUGGAAGUAAUUCAGCAGACUUCCACAUUUACGUGAAUGCAGAAAAUGAUACACUGUUUAACUUACUUGUGUUUAAGAACUUGACUUUGGACAUUUGCAAGCUUCACGUGAUGUUGGAAGAUCGCUUAUUAUUGAAAGUCAUACAAGUUGUUCAAAGCUUGAUGCUAGACAGUGAGGCCACGGAGCAAGAAGUUUCUUCUAGUAUAUUUGAUAGCCAAAGAGUUUCGCAUGAAAAGCAAAAUUUAAAAAACAAUAUAUUUUUUGAAGAUGUGAUUGUGACGCAAGGUGAUAUUACUAUGAGUCUAGUAGCGACUGGCAAAUUGGAAGAAGACUUGUUGAAUCUCAAAAGACAAUUAGCUAUUCCGUUAAUAAGUUUCGAAUCAGCAGUGAUUGGUUUUGAAGGUUUUCAAAGAAAUAACGUGCUGGAGACAUCUUCCAUGUUGUUCCAACACGUCCUGCAUCAUUACAAGGCUAGUUUCGUCAACCAGGCUGCUGUUCUGUUGGGCUCACUUGACCUUCUUGGUAAUCCAAUGGGCCUUAUUCAAGACUUCUCAUCUGGAGUUGAAGGGCUUGUCAAGAAAGGAAACAUUGGUGGGCUUUUCGUUAAUGUCGCGCAUGGAUUUUCGAACAGUGCUGCAAAGAUGACUGGAGUUAUUGCAGAUGGAUUGUGGUCUGCUUCUAUGGAUAGCAAGUUUCAUGAAUCACGUGAUUCGAUGCGUGUUGCACGUGCUAGUAGCAGCUCUUCCCACAUAUCUGCUGGAUUAAAGGGGCUCGGUAUGGGAGUGAUCGGUGGACUGACAAGCAUGGUGACUCAACCAAUUGAAGGAGCUGCGAAAAAAGGUGUUUCGGGUUUUUUCUCAGGGCUGGGCAAGGGAUUAGUAGGAACAAUUACCAAACCAGUGGCUGGUGUGUUAGAUCUUGCGUCCGGCACAGCUGCUGCAGUUCGAGUUACGACAGAGACAGCUGCGCCGGUACCGAAUCCAGUCCGCUUAAAACGCAAUUGCUACGAUUCACGAGGGGUGCUAGGAAAGUAUAAUAAAGCCGCGUCUGAAGGUCAAGAGAUCUUAUUGAGUUUUAACGACGGUGACGUGACAGAAAAGUACAUCCUAGUAGAGCAAGUGAGACAGAGUACGGACAAGCUAAAAGCUAUACUUACCAACAGGGGAAUAUACUUUGUUAAAUCAGGACCACCGUGUCCAGAAAAUAUAAUUUUACAUGUUGAAUAUGCACGAUUUUCGAGUUCGAGUUAUUAUUACGAAGGUGGCAAGCAUUCUAUUGAAAUCUACUUCACACGGCAACGAAAUGUUGCGGAAAACUGUGACGACCGAACUGUUGUCAGAUGUGAGAACGAACGGGUUGCUCAUAAAGUAAGCCAGAAAAUGAAUUAUUUGAAAAGUUUGCACGAGGAAAGUAUGUUUUCUUUGCACAACAUGAAAACUUGAACUAAUCCUCUACCGCGCAACAAUCAAAUACAUCUUCGAUACGAACGCAGUUGUGUAUUUUUUACAUUUUUCUAUCCGCGAUGGACAAAUCAUUAGCUUUCUAAAUUUUCUGUUUUGGUAUUUUUUAUGGAAGCAUGAGCGAAAUAAUAUUUAUAAUAUGUUUAGUUAAAUUACGGACCACGCAACAGCAUGAGCGAAAGCAUAUUUUAAACUUCGUGUAAAAAGCAAGUUACUGCUCUUUCAAAAAAUUGGUACCGUAUCUCUAUUAGACACCACAUUGGAGGUGGGCGGCUGUAUGUAAACAAUCAAUUAUCUCUCUGUUAAAUGUCACCUUUGCAGAAUUUAAGAGGGCGGUAGUAGUUUAUUAUAAGUUCUCAUAAACGAAUAGUGGAAUUUUCCAAGUGGCAAACAUAAUUAAUUUGCUAUUUUUGUUGGUAAAAAAUUUACACCGUGAGCAUUUUGGAUUUAUAUUGAAGAUUUAUGUUUAUAUAUUCGAAAGCAAUUCAAUAUUAUGGAGUUUCUUUCUUUUAAAACAACCAGAAAUAUAGUGUAUUUUAGAAUCUUUGUCUAUGGCCUGUAAAGUUUGUACUUAUCCGUAAAAAAUAUGAUUUAUUUUCUUUUUAAGAUUAAAUUUACAAAAAAUAGUUUGUUUUUUUUUGUUGGAAAAAAAAUUCCGUGGAAUGUAAAGUAAGUUUACACGUGGCUGACUGCUUCUGUUUUUUCGUUGUUUCGUGAUGUUUCGUUGUUCCGUUGUGAUGUUUCGCUGUGAUGUUGUGAUGUUGAAGUUGCAUAACAUGGGACAAAGUUGACCAAACUGUUUGAUGGUUUUAUUUUAAUGUUUUGCGCUGAAAACUUUCAAAUUUUUUUUCUCACGACUAAAAUGUUAAAUACACAUCAUUACCUUCAAUUACCUUGACAGUUACAAGUUGUGAAUUAAUGAACAGGAAGUUGACGUCACAUGCAAUUACCUGAACGGAUGGCAGCCUACACACGGAAAGUUCAUUAAGUCAGUUUUUAUCUGACUAGUUUAUUUUGUGACAAAUUGAUUUUAGUCGACGUUGAUUCGUUUUUUCGUAUCGAUCGUUUUUCAACAGUAAAAAAAAAUGUUAAGAAGACCUCGCGCUAACACUGACAUGCCGGUCAGCUUUAAAUCAUGUCAAAACUCAAUGUGUGACAACAGUGAGAGUUUGUCAAUGCCAGACCGAGUUAAAAUGAAUUUAAUGAGAAGCAGUAGUGUGGGAGCAGUGAAAAAAUCGUAUCUUACACGAAGUAUCAGCAAUAGAAGAUACAAGAAUUUAAAUGACACGACAACAAACAUAAAUGCAGGCUGGAUGUUUGUGGACCGAUGUAGAAACAUCAUGAAAUAUAAACCAACCACACCUGAAAAUUUCCUAAAAAGAAAUACUGGGGAGGCUUACCUAUUUAGUAUGGACACAAGUACCAUAGACAACAAAGACACGGAAUCAAAAAUAAACGAUUAUAAACAGAGACCGAGAAGGAACGCUAUAUUCGAAUUAACUUGCGAGGAGAGAAUUGGUUUACCUUUACUACUAAAGUAUCAUAUACAAUUUAAAACAAUUCAAAAUUAUGGAAUACUUUAAAACAACUUUUCUUCUUAUCUAUUUAUUUAUUAUUUAUUUAUUAGAAUUUGUAGUUAGUGUAAUUGUAUGUAAUAAUAAUUAUUUUUCUUACGAAUAAAAUGUUUACAAAUCUUUAA